GAUGCGAUCGCUGGUGGUGGCGGUGGUGCAGGGCCGCGGGCGGCGGAGCUGGAGGCCAAGCUGGGGAGGGCGCACGACCAGCUCGCGGCCAUGCGGGAGCAGCUCGCAGCCGCCGAGAAGGCCAGGAAGGACGCGCGCGGCGCCUUCGCCGAGGCCAAGAAGCGGUUCGCCGCGAACGCAAAGAAGAGGGAAGCCGCCGCUCCGGCGCCGGUCGAACAGGAUACCAAUGUGCGGCCGCCAGAACAGAGGCAGCAGGAAGAGGAGGCAGAAGUUGUCGCGGACGACGUUGCAAAUGGUGACGGCGAGGAGAGAAGAGGCAUGGUCGACCCCGAGCACAAUGAGUCCCGGGUUGAGGAGGUGGCCGAGAAGACGACUGAUAAUGGCCAUGAGGUGAGCAACAGUAUUGCCGUCGUUGGAGACGACGGUGGUGGCAACGAGGGAAACCCGGAGGCCGACCAGCUGUGGAGCAAGCUUGUGGCGAAAGACAGGGAGGUGUACGAGCUGAGGGCGAAGCUGAUGCUGAAGGACAUGGAGGUCGACGAGCUGAGAUUGGAGCUGACGGCGAAGGACGCGAACAUCGGCAUGCUGACGGCAGAGCUGGUCGCAAAGGAUGCCGAGUUCGCCGCUCUCAGAGCCGAGAACGCCGAGCUCACGAAGACGGCCUCCGACGCCGCCGAUGCCGGCAGGAAGACGACGGCCGCGAAGGCGAGGGAAGCCGAGCGCACGCUGAUGGACAGCGCGGCGCGGGAGUCCCGGCUAGCCGAGCGACUGAGGGAGUCGGAGCGUGCGCGGGAGGCGCUGGAGGCCGAGGCGCGCCGCAUCCGCGUCCAGAGCGAGCAGUGGCGCAAGGCGGCCGAGGAGGCCGCGGCGGUGCUCGGCGGCGCGGGUCACCACGUUGGCGCGGAGGAGACGGACGAGGACAAGCAGCGGGACGCGGGAGACGGGGGCUCCGGUGGGAAGAGGAAGCCGGCCGGCGGCGCCGUGCGGCUGCUCGCCGACCUGUGGAAGAAGAGGGCGUCCAAGUGAUCGGAAAGUACGUGCCGGGCGCGGUCGAUCGUGCCGCACUGCGCGCGCGCGCGCAUGGGAAUUUGCUGAUGCGCUCGAUCGAUCGGGUGCCUCUCCAGCUGUAACUAGAUAACGUGCACGUAGUACGUGUUUGUUUACCGUUCACAGUUUUCUUUAGAUGAUUUAUUACUGUUGUUUUUUGUUGCGUGUUCGCUGUACCGUGCCACUAUUAUUCCGAGCCGCGAGACGCUGAUUUACGAGAGGAGGAACGAACACUGUCUUGCUGAAUUCGUGGUGAUGAACACCAGAGCAUUACCUGCUAAAUUACUGCACUCUUUGUGCUUGAUGUCUCCUAUGCCCGAUCCGGAGACUUAACCAAGUCUCGGUCAGGUGACCCAACAUAUACCUCGCAAAAAAAAA